UCUUUAGGGGGCUGAGAGGUAAUAAGGGGACAGCAAUGGUACUUAUGCCCCCAAUACCAAAAUAGCAGAUGAGUGCUCACCAGCUACUUCCCAUGCUCCUACUGUGUUCAGCCUCGCUCAACUACUGCAGUUAUUUUGGUGGCUCUGUAUGGAUUUCUGAAUGAUCAUCUCUGGAAACUUUAGCUCAUGUAUUUGUUGAAACAUGGAACAUGGAAACCCAGUCAAAAGGUAAGAAAUAAAAGAAAAUCAUGAGGUAGUGGUGAAAUACUGGUGAUGGCCACGUAGGAUGUUACAGACAUCAGACUGAAGUACGUGGAUUAUACAUUCACCAUGAGCUGCCUGGAGAAACAGCAUGUGAGCCAAAAAGCAAGCAUGCAGCACCCUUCCAACCUGGAUAGCUUUAUGGAUGAGACGGACCGAGAGGUUAUGAACCUUACAGACCGGGCCUUUAAGAGUCUGUGCAUCGGUGAUGAGGCAAUCUACAAUGACUCAGAACUUUUACCAUCUCCAGUAGACUGUCACAAGCCACUAGCUGAAGAGAUACCAAAAAAGCCUCGAGAGAACUCUGCCUUGGAUGUUAAGAAGCAUGGAGCUCACUGGCCCAAUGGCAUGUACAACACACCAUGGCAAAUAAAUAAAAACAAAUCAAAGGUGUCAUCACUUUUUUCCGCAUUUGCAGCUAAGAAAAACAGUGACACAAAAAUGACAAACGGGGACUCAUGGGACAAAUCAGCACUGCUUAGCAUCCAAACGGAGCUAUCAGAGUUUUCUUCAGAUUAUCAAAACCACCUUAUGGAUGAACACAUUUACCAGGUCAAGAAUCAUCGUAAGCCCUCUGAGAAAGGGACUGUUAAUAAAUCAAUCCAGGAUACAUAUAACUCAUCAGGAAAAUCAUCUAAAAAUCAACACAGCAAAUCCACUAAGCUGAGAAAACUGAAUUCCAAAAACUUUUUCCUUCACAGUGAAUUCAGCCCAUUCCAGUCCUGGGGAGACUUAAAUAGGUUUGGACUGGAGAACAUGGAGAUGUUUCCAUGCAAUAGCCCAGCUGGAUUGUAUGAUUCCCCACUUUACAGAGAACUGAACAAUUCAAACAGAUUACAUGUACCACAGCCAAAUAAAAGAGAGACAAGCCAAAGCACCUCACCUCUGGAACCUCAGCAUAAAUCUAAACCAGAUUUAUCACAGUGCACAGCACAGACUUCGAAAACUGUACCUCCAGUAUCAGAAAAACAUUCUGAGCUAAAGCUCCUGAAACUGCCUGACCUUCAAAUUGAGACUCUUCAGCCACAAGUGCUGCAGACGUCCUCUGGAUCAUUUCAGAGGUGUCAGUCUGAAGGGGACCUUUAUGCUCCUUGGAGGAAAAGUCGAAGCAGGGCAAAAGGUGUUGUUCAGCCACUUGUCAGCUCACCUGGCUGCGAAAGGUUAAACACUGGAGAGGAGGGUGCAAUACAAAAUAAAAAGGAGGUUAGAACAGUGGAAGAAGCAACCUGCUUAAAUCCAACUCCAUUCAGUAUUUCACAGCUGUUGACUCCAGUCAUACCCUCCAGACAAGGUACAGGAAACUCAGAGAUACUGCAGUCUGUUCACUCGCCCGUAGCCCUUGAUUUCCCAGCACUCCAUGAGACAGAGAUUCGUCCAUCACCUGAGAUCAAACGAGAAGGAUACAAAUCCAAGGCAUCAAGUCUCUUGUUUAAUCUCAAGGACAACAGAAAACGGGUCAAGGCAACAUACAGCCCACCAAAGUUUAAAGGUUUAGAUGCAGCAGACCAAAAUAAACUAUCUCCUCUGAUUGAACAGGAUGUUACCAAAAAUGUUCUGGAGAGUCCAGAAAUCACAGAUUCUAAAACCAUAUCGACUGUUCAAAAAACCAUUAACUAUCCAAUGAGUCCUGCAACUGCAGACGUACAGAGCUCUCAAUCCAGCGGUCAUAUAAAUAGCACUUUGCCAGAUGACUUUUUGGGACUUAGUCUACUGCAAGCUGGAAAUAGAGGCUCACCUAUUAAACCUUUGAAAUCAAAAAAGAACUCUUUGGCCAAAGCUACAUAUCCAUCGUUAAAUUUGUACCGGAAAUCUAGUCCAGUAGAAUUGAACACUAAAACCAUGCCAAUGGAUGUUCCUGGUUCUCAUUCUAUAGUAAAUAAAAGUGCUGAACAGAAGUUGAGCAAAGAACAUUUGCCAGAGAAGGAUAGUAAGGAACUGCAAAGAAAAUGUCAUUUGACUAAACCUGAAAUAAACAAUGCAAACCAUGAAUAUACCCACCUGAAUGUUGGGACUGCAGACAAGGUACUGACUCAGAAAACAGAUGCUGUAGCUCUGAAGGAAAAAUAUUUUCCUACAGUUUUAAAGAAGCACAAUCCGCAACAAGACGCCCCGACAGUUUCAGGUAGUAGAAAUCAAGAAAAAUUGAAUACAGGAGGAAUAUGUAAGGCAGAAGAAAGACCUUUUAGAUAUAACGAAUGUCAAAGUAAAGAAACAAAAACUAAGCAUUUAUUUUCUGCAAGACAGAACAACUACAUCAAAAAUCAAAGAUAUGUGAAUGUAGAUGAGAAUUAUGAUGAUGGCGAUGAAUGUGAAUAUUGGCAAGAGAAUGUAAUUUCUGCAGGAAGAGAUGAGCUGAGAAAGAGGGAAUUGAAUGUAGAUGUGCAUAAAGAUAAAGUACAGGAAAAUAUGGAUGCUCCACUUAUAAAAGAAAGUGUAACAAAUGAUGCCUCUACAAAAAAUAAUUAUAACGUACCCUUGAAGAAUGACCUGGGUAUAUGCACUGAAAAAGGAGUAUCCAAAAAUGCUUUUUCUAUGAAAGGAAACACGUCAGCAAAAAUAGCACUGUUCACUUUAAAGGAACAGUCCUCAAAUACAGUCCCAGUCUCAAAGAAAAAGAACAUAGUAAAGGAUAAGUAUGAGCUAGCCACAAUGGCUUUGGAGAAAAGUAAUGCUGAGAAAGAACGGAGACAAAAGCAAAGUGAUAGGGAAAAUGGACAGGAUUUACCCAUGAAAAGAGACAAUCAAGAGAAUAUGCUAGCAUUGGGCCAGAAGGAAACAGGAAGUGUUAUACCAGACAGACGAGGUCACAAGGCCAUUUCUGAUUUUACACCAACUAGCCAAAAUGUUGGAUGCAUGUCAGACAUAGACACCAAUUAUGGUGAAUGUCAUGUGCCUGAGGUAAAAUUAGCUGAACCUUAUAAGCAGGAAGGUGCUGCAAAGCACAGCCCAAGUAGACUGAUAUAUUCAGACAGGGACAGAUCUGACAGACGUGGUCAACAAGGUGACACAAGCAAUAUCAAGUCAAUGGCUAAUGUAACUGAACUUAAAGAAACAGUGUCCACGCCUAAAAAUAUAAGCCUCGGUCAAGAAAGUUCAGUAGUCCAGGACUAUAUUGACAAUAAGCUUGUUAGUGUUGGUGAAGAUGAGUCAUCUAUUCAGAAAAAGAAGAGCUCUUACAAACCCGAGGCUCCUCCUAGACGAGAAGGAGCAAAUUCCCAAAGUGAAGACAGAGCAAUUAAUGAAAGACAAAGAAAGGAAGAUUUAGGGAGUGUUGAGAGAUCAGUGAAUCAUGACGAAUGUUUAAGCACUGAAGUGCAGAAAGCUAAUCUACCAAAGGAUAAAGGACCAGUAAUCGGCCAUGUAUCAUCACUUAUGGAAAAAUUCAACAGAGAACAAGUAGUGCCAAGUUUAAAUGUCCAAGAAUAUUUGCAUCAAGGAGAUGGUCUCAUGGUCCACCCCAGAAAUGACUUAUUAAAACAAAAAGCAAUUUCACCAAAGGAUAUAAUGGGUUUGACUGAAGGUGAAGAAAUUUUAACAGAACAUAAUCAUACAGAAAGAGAGGCAUAUUCAGACAGCAAGAAAGUACCUGACAACAAUUCAAAACUAGCCAUGGGAAAUGAAGAAAAUCUAGGUGGAGAAAUUGCUGAUAAACAGGCCAUUCAAACUGGUAAUAAAGAUGCCACAAGAAAUGAAAAGGACAAAAAAGAUGUGACUAAACCAGAGAAUGAAAGUGCUUCUGACGUUUUGAGAAAAACAGGCAACCAGACCAAAUCCAAAUGUCAUGGUGAAAGCAAGGAGUAUUUAUCUGACCAUUUUGGGAACACUGAUGAACCUGAUGAUGAAUCUGAGAGGAAACCAACCUUGAAUUUGUUAAAUGCUGAUAAUGCUCCAAUGGAUAGGAUAACCCUUUACGAUAUUCUUAAUCAAGCUGAACCUUCAUCAUUGGUAGAUGUUAAACCAUUAGAACAAAGCAAUCUACCUUCCAAACUAUCAGAGGACUCAUCCUUUUCACACAAAACAGAAGACUUACCAUCUUUGAAUAAUGGUGAAGAAAGAAAAUGUGAGAAUUUAGACACAAUGGAUUCCUGUUCCAAUAGCAACCCUGAAAGUAAACUGCAUAACUCAGACAUGGCAGUUCCUCCUCCACAAGAUGUGGAAAAAGGAGGGUGGGUGCGCUGUUUGAUAGACUCAGCUCACAAUCUAACACCAACAUGCCAGUCCAAUGCCUCUUCUCCCACACUGGGAAAACCUGCUUUAUUUAAAGUGAAAGACAACACAUUCAGUGCAUCCCCUGUUACCAAAACAGUAAGACCCAUACUCCAUAAAACUGUUGCAGGAGUUACACAGCCAUGGUCGCCUAGAGAAAGCUUAAGUGGGUCUGAACGGGGUGAAGAAGAUCCAGACAUUUUCAAGGACAUUGUAGACAUGCAAUGUUUGCCUUCCACACCUGUCCGAAUCACCCAGCCAAACCAGUCAUCAAUACAGGUUGUACCCCAUCCAUCCUCUCAAUCCACCACAGUCCGGGACAGAAAAGGACUGAUGGAUACUUCUACAGUGCUAGAAGAAGAGGAGUGGCAAUUGGCUAAAACCUUAGUUUCAGAGGGAAGAGAAAACUGUGAAAUGAGUGCAGAAGACACUGUGGAGGAGCUUGCAUUCUACACUGCACCUACAGACAGCAUAGAGGGAUCAAAGGCACCAAGUGACAGAUCUGAAUCAGCCUGUAGUGGCAUUGAAAAUCAGCUUCAGGGCAAGCCACCUGUUGUCCCUCCAAAAACAGAGAAAGCGCUGCGUCGUGCUAUGAAGCUGACCACAAAGAGGAUCCAGAAAGCAGAAGCUAAAAGUAAAUCAGAGCGUGGCCGGAGCAGUGAGAAGGGUUCCUGUCAGAAACGUGAGAGGAGGCACCAGAGUAGUGACAAAGUUCUCAGUGACAGGUCACACCAACGAGAACAUAGUAUUGACAGAGGUAGCAGCAAUCAAAGCACUGGGGAAAGCAGCAGUGAGAGGUCGCUGGCAAAGAGCCACACAAGUGAAAGACAUGCCACACAUCAUAGUAAACCAAACAGCCAUAGGAAGGAGAAAGAUACUGGAAGGAAACUACAGCAUGGAUGUCAAAGCAGUCUAAUCAAUAUGGAUGGUGAUGCAAAGAGCUGUGUGGCUGAAAAGCAAAAAGAAAAUCAAUCACAACACAAAAAUCAGUUUGAUACCCAGAAUAUAAAUGUUGACUGUGAGAGAUUGGGACGUACUAGUGAGAAAUACCUACCACAUAAGCUGUACCGCAGGGCUCAUAGUUUGGACAGAUUUUCAAGUGGCAAACAUGAGCAUAGGUUACUUAGCGCUGAAGAUCCUGUCUCUAAAACCAAUACGGAGGCGUUAAAGAAGCUUGCCACUGCACAGACAGCACCUUUGCGACGAAACAGCAUUGAACAUACUUAUGGCUCUCCAACAAAUAACAUUGUACCACAGUCUUUCCCAAUGACCCAGAGGAAGCUUCUGCAAGAUCUUGAUUCUGGACAGUACUUUGUGGUGGACAUGCCUGUGCAGGUCAAGACGAAAACCUUCUUUGAUCCAGAGACAGGAAGUUACGUCCAACUGCCGGUUCAGUCACUUGAAGGGUCUGUACCACGGGCACAAUCUGUAGAAGUUGUGAACGCACCUCCACUUAUGCUAUAUCAUGGCUUUGUUCCAGUGCCUGUCUCAUCUUUACCAUAACCGAAAUCCACUGUUAAAGCAAGCUCUGUUGUUGCCCCUGCUUACUUGAACUUAUUAAAAGCCAGUGAGAUAGAAAUGCAUGAUGACCUUUAUGAAAAGCACAAAAGAGAGCGUCAUCCCUACCCAUGAGCUGUGCGUGUAUUAAAAGAGCACUUUUGAUUAAACAUAAUCAGAAUUUGUUAAAAUAGAUGAAGAUAAAUGUAAUUACCUUAUAGACCAAUAAAUGGUCUUGGAGUUAAGUGAGUCUGAAUUCAGGCACUAGUAUUUUUGUCCUAGAUGAAUAUACAUGUUUUAUACAUGUUUUGCGCCUAGCUCUAAAAUACUCUAGUUUCCUUCUUUCCUUUGGUAUUGGCCUUUGGUAUUUUCUAAUGUAUUUUGUGAUGUUUGAUUGGGUUAUUAUGUUAUUACAAGAAUGUCUAAAAAUAGUGCUUUUCCCAGUGAUUAUUGCAAGUGUAUUUAAAAAAAAAAUAACAAUGUUCACAUUCUUUGCCAUAUUUACUGUUGCGGAUGACAAAAUGCACUGAUUAAAUAGAGAAGAGUGAAAGUAGUGGCUGUAUGUCUUAAAUGGCAUAUUUAAAGGUUAAGUUGGACAUUAAUUAUGUAUUUGGUGUAUUUAUGUAAUAUUUUGUGUAUUUUGAAAUGAUUGAUUGAUUUCAUGAGGCUGUGUUGCUGGCUUCAUAAAAUGUAAACCAUUCCAAUAAAACUCAACAAAUGUCUAA